AUGGUGCUUUUGUUUCCAAUUCUAAUCGCUGCUUUGGCCAGUGCUAAAUGCUUCGAGCCAAAUAUCGCGCAUCCACCACCUGAGUACGAUGUGCACAAUCUCAUGCUCCAGGAAGCAUUCGAGUCCAUCAACACAGCGCUCACGAAAGCUGUAGCUGCGCCGGAGUUUGCUCGAACCUCUUUCUCGGUAGAGAUUACUUCGUCGAAAGAAACGCUGUGGUCGCAGCAUCACACGGCACGCGAACGCAACGACUCUCGUCCAGAUAUCCCCGAGGUCAACGGCGAUGCGUUGUACCGUAUCGCUAGCAUAACAAAGACCUUUACCGUACUCGGUAUAUUGUAUCAACACGCAGCUGGUAAUUUGAGCCUGGAUGCGACAGUGAAUUCCUACCUCGAAGAGCUAGGAGAGAAGUCGGAUGGUGGCAUACCAUGGAAGGACAUCACAUUGCGCAGUCUGGCCAGCCAGUUAAGUGGCCUUCCACGCGAGUGGGCUCAAGGCGAUUUGAUCAACGAGAACUACGAAGAGCUGAAUCCAAGUUACCUGGGUCUACCGCCUCAUGUGUCACGAAAAGGGUUGCCGCAUUGUGAUGAAUACUCACCGAAUUAUGAGAGACCCUGCACAGCCAGAGAUUUGUUCAAGCAGGUUAAAAAGUUCGCGCCACUCUUUGCGCCCAACCAAGCAUCGUCCUACUCCAACCUCGCUUUUGAGAUCCUCGGUCUUGUCCUCUCGCGGGUAACGAACCAGACCUACGAAACUUAUAUCGAAGAAGCCAUCUUCAAGCCUCUAAAUAUGUCUACCAGCACGCUCGCGAAACCCGCCGACUCUGCUGGUGUCAUUCCGGCGGGCUCACAGUUUUGGGAUGUUCAAGAGGGUGUUCAAAAUCCCACAGGCGGCAUCUACAGUUCCUCAAGCGAUCUGUCCAAAUACCUCCGCUAUGUCCUAACGCAUUUCAACGCCGUUACCCACGCGAUCAAUUGGCUGCAUCCCGUCUCCCCAUCCCGCGGUAUGAAUUCCUUUUACGGAAUGCCAUGGGAAAUAUUCCAGACAGACCGGAUACUCAGAGAGUCGAAGCGCACAGUACGUUUCGUAACUAAAGGCGGAGGAUUACCAGGCUACACUUCCAUCAUUAUGACAGUGCCAGAGUAUGACUUAGGUAUCACCAUUCUGGUCGCUGGCCCUAGCGGGAUCUUCUCCAAGCUUCAAGAUAUCGUGACUAUGACCAUGGUACAAGCAGCCGAGAAACUUGCUAUCCAGCAAAUGCGUGAUCGCUACGCCGGUACAUAUAGUGCUUCAGAUCCAGAGUUGAACUCUACCGUGACGCUUGAAGCCGACCACCGCGGUCUCGUCGUCACAACCUGGAUUUCGAAUGGAACGGAUGUCUUCGAAUCGCCCAUCACGAAAGGCAGCACCCCGUCGCACUACUACGCACAGCUCAGUCCAACGCUUCUCUAUCGUGACGAGGAAAAGCAGCAAGGUGAGGAGUGGCGUACAAUGAUCGUUGAGGAGCACGGAGAGGGUCUAGGACCUAUUUGGGAUGACUUCUGCGUUGAGAACUGGGAUAUGUCCUCUUAUGCUGGCAUCCCUUUCAAUGCCGCCGUGUUCUGGGAUGAGCAAAAGGAUGGCCACAUCCGAACGCUGGAACUACCGGCCUUCAGGGUAAACCUUACCAGAGUGGACGAGAAGAAGGGAGGGAAUAGGGAAUAUGAUCAACAAGAAGCGAUGGAGCUCUAA